AUGUCUUCCAGCGUUCCCGGACGGCCUAGCUCCGUACAGUCGAUAAGUUCUUUAGACGCAAGAAUCAAGCAUCUCUCUAUUUGCCUCCCACUUCCUUCUACACGCAUACACGUUCUAAGUUGGCUUUCCGGAAUCGACACAACUGAUCAGCCUUACGACCCCCAAGAGUAUGCAAAUGAGGAUGUUUUGUCUUCGAACGACGAUCUUACCAGUUUAUCCAAUUUCAGCUCGGUGGAAGAUGAGUCUGUUUCUAGCGCUGAUAUGAUACCCCCUGUGGAUCUUACUCAGUGUAUACCUUCUAUCCGACUAAAUGGAGACUCGACCGCCUUACUACCAGCCGGGACAAGCGCGUUACUAAGACGUCUGAAUCCACGACGUCUUACUCGCGGCUGUCUUCCCAUAUGGGAACGGGCUAGGUUGAAGGGCAUGUACCCGAGAGAGAGGCUUGACGAUUCAUAUUUUUCAACAGAGACUACUGGGAAUAUUGUUGAUCACAUCAACAAUAUUGUCCGACAGUCUAUGCAUAAUACAAUAGAUCGGGUGCCAGAGAGCGGCUGGCGUCCAUUAGUUGUGAGGAUCUUGGAAGGUACUGGACUUGAUGAAGAGGUGGAGUCCCGUUUGGAAGUGCAUUUGGCGAUAGAUCGUCGGUUUAAUACUUUACCCAAAAAUGCACCGGAUGUCGGGGUGGCUAUUCAUAUUCAAGGGCGUAGCUUGGGAGAAGAUACAGGAACUCAACUCACACCCCCCAGGAAUCACUUACACAGUGAUCCAAAAUACGUCUCUCUCAAUCCUACCCGUUUUCAAACCUGCCGAUAUUCUCCCCUCUUCGCCCUAGCAGAGGUCAAGUCUGCGACCGGAGACUUACUAGAAGCUCGUAGACAUGGUGCGAUUGGAGCUGCUUCAACUCUGCUCAAGGCUCGGUCGUUGGGAGCAGAAGAUGCUAUUGUUUCUUGUGUGCCAUUUUUCACAGUUAUUGGUAGUAUUUGGUGUCUGAAUCUUCUAUAUGAAACAGAAGAUGGCUCUUUUUGUGUCGAGCCGACGCCUCUUUUCGAGGACACAAAAACGUUCUUGGGGGCUCUUACGGUGGUAUGCGUGGUGGAAGAGCUUCGAUCGUAUGGAUGUAACGAAUGGUGGGAGAAUUUCGUUGGGGGUCGUUGCGUCGGUGUUCUAAAUGGGAUAGCGGUUGAAAAUAGGCGGUCGCGUAUGAUGAGCACCUGGUAG